AUUCUGAGCUAAGAAAGAUUACAGUGGCUGUAUUAUUAUUAUUGAAAAUUCAUUUUUAAUGCCUUUGUGAAACAGCAUUUAUGAAGGUAAAAUUUGGCAAACAAUGUAAUAUUAUUUAUCAACUAUUGAACUUUUUUAUUCCUUAUUUAAAUUCCAUAUUUGAUCCGUUUCAAAAUAAAAAAUCUCUUCCAAACAUUAACUUCACACUCAAAAACCAAAUGUUCUGUUGAUUCCAACGAUAAUUUACAAAAAUUACAUUUAUUCAUUUCUGUUCUGAAUGACGUCAUCAGAUCUAAAAGAACCGUAAAAUGGUGACUCAGCAGCCAAUCAGGGAGCUCCUGCAUCUACCUGUCGUCAAGGGCAACGCUAAAGCGGCAGCUAACGCGAAAUGUUAAUCAGAACAGAUUAAAUAAACGCAGAUUUACAGAGUCUGUGUGGGAUUUAGCUCAUUAUUUAUUCUACAUUUUGACCCUCUGAUAUGUUUUGAUUAAUAUUUGUCAGAUACGUCGCUUUUUACGUCCUUGCGUCGCGCUUGCACACCGAGUCCCAUUCACAGAGCGGUUUACGGCAGCGCGGAUGUUAGAGCGGAAGCCCGGAUCCGUCAGAGGGCUGCUGGCCCUUUAAGGAUGAUGCAGCGGGACCAGCCGAUGUAGGACGAGCUGACCGUCGGUGCGCCCGCCCGCCUGCCGCCGCUGCUCCGCAUCAUGGCCUCCGCACCGCCGAGGACCAACCGACCACCCCGCGGCCCUGCCCUUUCCGCAGCGGAGACGGACGUCAAGCCGAAGCAGCGGCACCGGUAGAGGCGAGCCGCUCCGCCCCCCCUCCGCCCCGGUCUGCUCCAUGCCUCCGUCCAAAGCCAAGUUCAGCUAUCCGAUAAAGAGGGCUGCCAACCCGGGCGACGGCGGCGGCGGCGGAACCAUGAGCCGGGAUUAUUCCGUGAACCUGUCGGUGCAGCAGGUGCUGAGCCUCUGGGUCCACGGCGCCACCCUGAAAGACUUCACAGAGAUGUGGUACUGGGUCUUCCUGUGGUGUCUGUUCUCCUCGCUGUUCGUCCACGGCGCCGGCGGUCUGCUGAUGUUGGUCAUGCUGCAGCGCCACAGGUGGGGCCGCCUCAUCACGCUGGUUCUGGUCAGCGUCGGCUUCCUGGCCUCCCUCUCUGGAGCCGUCAUCACAAGCGCGGCGGUGGCCGGUGUGUACCGCGUGGCGGGGAAGGGCAUGGCGCCGCUGGAGGCUCUGGUGUUCGGCGCGGGCCAGACCUCGCUCUCCAUCAUCAUCUCCUUCUCCCGCAUCCUGGCCACGCUGUGAGGACGAGGGGCGGAGCCUGGUGCCGACCCGAGGGCGAGGAGGAGGAGCGCUCAUGCUGGCCGCAGCACAGGGCGCCCCCUGCUGACUCUGGAGCGUUACUGCAGCCAUCCCUGGUCCAGAUGGAGACUUAUCAGGGAGCCAUGGUUCUGAGGUUCUGGUGCCAAAAUCCAGCUGCUGCUGCUGCUGAUCAGAGAAGAAGUUUCAGCACUUUUAUGUUCAUGAGGAGGAGCAGAAACCAGCAAACACUGGAUCAGACUGAAGGUUCGUCAGCAGGAGUUCCUUCUUCUGGACCAGUUCUCCCGUUCUGGUCCCAGUUCUCCCAGUUCUUAGUCCCAGGUCAUGGAGAUGUGGGCAGAGAUUCCUGGAGUUCAAGGACAACAGCGACCAAUCAGAAACACAUCCUGAUACGAUGCAACAUGACAUUGAUACGUCAGGAUGUCGGCCAUGUUGUGAGGGGCAAGUCUGCUGUGAAACUGGCUCUACAUGAACAGCUGAGAUCGUCGUUGAUGGAAAUGAACAAAACCUGCUGAAUAAAUACAAAAAAAAUAUCUAGAUUUAAAGAACAGAAAACCAGCAGCACUCCAUGUCAGGGGUUUUGCACGUCUAUGCUACAAGGUUUUCAAAGCUUUUUUAAUGUUUGUUUUUAAUCUUCAAACUGUCUUAUUUAUUAUUCAUUUGAACAGUGGAGGAUUUAUUACUGAAUACAGAAGGAAAGAUGUUUAUAAAUUAUUCAUCUUUGCAGAUUUUUACUGAUUUAAUGUGAAACUGAUGAGCUGCUGCCCAUUUCCUGUACGUCUCAACAAACGCCCCUCACAAUAUGGCGGCACGUCACAUGACCAGAAGCUUCUUCAGCAUUAACCCAUUUCUGCAGUUUAUAAGCAAACAGCGCCCCCUGGUGGAAGCAGGAACCGAUAGAAGGAAAGUCGUCUGUUGGUGUUCAGUGUUUAAUGAAUGUAGAAAUCUAAAAAGUGCGGCAUGCUUUUUUUGUUAGGGUCUUCUUGAGGUUUUGUUCCAGAAUCGUUCUGGGUUUGGCUCCAUCCAGCCUCCUCGUCCCACAGCAUGAUGCUGCCAGGACCGUUUCUCACUACAGUCUAUAAUUUAUUAAUUAAUAAAUUAAUAUUUAUUAAUUAUCAUUUAUGUGCAGCUGAUUCUCCCGCCUGACCUGGAUUUAUUUAUUUAGGGGCAUCAGAGUAAAGGGGGAUGGAUACUUUUGAUUGCCACAGAUUUUUAUCUGUGGCAAUCAAAAGAAACUUUUUCUUCUUCUUGGUUUGUCAGAUAAAAUCCUGUGAAGUUUUAUGGUUUCAAGCAGGAAGUUUAAGGAGCCGUUGCCGUGGAAACGUGUGAAUGAAUCCCAGAUUUUCCAGACAUCCCAUUGUUCAAGUCACCCAGGCCGUCUGAACACGGUUCCGUUUCCUCCGGGCCGGUCCGGUUCUGGAUCAGAGUCGUCCCGUUCGGGUCCCAGAACCAGAACUUCUCUCCUCGGCUCCUGGAGGCGAUUCCCUCAGUGACUCGUUUGUAAACUUUUACGUUCAAUCUGCCUCGUUCCGGGCUGCUCUUCAGGUUACGCCGGGGGUCAAAGGUCACAAUGCCAAAGCUUUAUUCAUCCCGUUUCAUCUGGACUCUACAGACAGUUCUGAGUUUAAUCUGAGGAGGUUCUGCUGGCUCUGCGCAACGUAACGGACCGUCAGUACCGGCUCUGGUCACCAGGGGGCAGCGUCGCCCCAUUGUGCAGCAGCCGGUGCUGCAGCGUUCUGACCAGAACUCUCUCUGAGGACGUUCUGAAUGAUGCUGCUGGUUCUGCCGACCUCUGCAGCAGGAACGGCCAUGACUGAGGCACGGCUAGGGGUCAAAGGUCACCUGCAGGAGGCCUUCUGCUCAGACGGACAGACAACCAGAGACAGAGAAGAGCAAGCCGUGUUCAAACUGUAAAAUAUUCCCUUUUUUAAUUUUAUACCAGCCAGACCUCUGAUAU